GCCAAGAUGGCUGCUGCUGCCGUAGACGACCAAGAUAUUACCGAGUUGACCACCUGGAAGCUUUCUCCAUGGCGCAGCUUUAUUAGAUUCCGGGCUCCGCUCGACGCCGCGGAUGAAGCCAGCACUCCCGGAGGACGUGUGCUGAUGACCAACAUGUUCGCCAAGGACGUUGCUGGUAAGCCAGUUGACCCUGACGAGCCUGGCGAGGUAUUCAGCAAGGCGCUCGACGAGGCACGGAACAGGAAAGCGUAUGCUAGUUCCGCCGGCCUUUCGAGAGCGCUGCGGACCUGCAAGAGCGCCUCAAGACUGAUGAUCGAGGAUUUUCGAAGGCGAGAGGCAGGCUCGAAAGGCCUCAUCGAUGAGCCCGAGGAUGACGCCCAGGAUGAGGACGAUGACAAAGACGUGGACGGCGCUUCCGGCCAUGACUCAGACGCCGACGAUGCCGACGACAGCACUGUGGGCGGGUUCGAGGUGGUGGCCCGGUCGGCGGCCCUGUCCAAGUCCUUCACCACCAGUCGCAUGGAGGCGCCGGCCUCAAGACAGGGCCAGCGCUGCGGCAUACCCGUCUCCGGCAGAAGCUGGCGGCAGCUGGCGGGUGGCCCCAGCGGCUCCCGCGCGGGCGGCGGUGUGUCCAGCAUUGGCGGCGGCGGUGCCAUUGGCCUGUUUGAUGACCGCGUGGUGGGGACCGCCGGCCAACUCGACGGCAGCGGCAUUCUGGCCGCCAGCGGCGGCAGCUUCAGUUCCAAGUGUGUGAGCGGCGCGGCCAGCGGCGGGGCUCUCAGCACGCCAUCGCGGCCCAUGAGUGCGGUGCGGCAGCGACCACCUGGCACGCCGCUGUCGCCAACGCCACGGGCGGCGCUCGAGACGGCGCCACGCGACAGCGGCAACGCUGGCAGCGGCAGCGCUGCCAGCAGCUGCAGUGGUGGCGGCGUCGGCGCGGGCACGCGCAAUCCGGCCAUCAUGCUGAAGAUGAUUGAGGCGGCGGCUGUCAGCCAGGCAGCUCGCCGCCGCGCCGCCGCUGCCAUCAGCAGCGGCCCCGCCGCCGGCCCGCGCGAGUUGCAGCGCAGCUGCCCUAACCUUUACAUUCCGCAGGCACUCUUUGAGGAGGUGCUGGAGUCGGCCCCCGCCAGCGGCGGCGCCGCCGCCGCCCACAGCGGCGGCCCCGGCGGCGCCAUGUCGACGCCGACCUCGCCCGGUGGCAUAGUGAGCCCGGGAGUCCCGGCUGCUGCUGCUGCUGCCCCCAAUGGCAGUCUGCAGCGUGCUAUGGCGCUGGGCCGCGCCCCCAGCCGCCUGGGCAUCAGCGUGGCAUCAAUCGUGGAGGACGCCGGCGGCGGCGCCCUUAACGAAGGUCGCUGCGGUGGCGGCGGUGGCGACGGUACAUCCUCCGUAAUCCAGCAGCAGCAGCAGCAGCAGCAGCAGCAGCAGCCGCUGCCGCAGCAUUAUUCUCUCAGCAGCAGCGCCAACGCUAUGGUGGGCAAUAGCGGCGCCCUGACCAGCGCCAGCGGUGACGCGACGACCUUCCUCACCGACGGCGGCGACGAUGGGGCGGCGGCGGCGGCGGCGUUGUCGCCGGUGCGGCGCCUGCGCAGCAUCACUGCCGCCGCCAGCAGCGGCACCGGCCUCAGCAGCCUGAUGGGCGGGCUUGGUAGCGGCGGCGGCGGCGCCAGCUCCACUGGUGGCAGCGGCGACAGCCGGCCGGUGACGCCAGGCACCGGCGCGCUCAUUAACUUUGAGGGUAGCUGGAGGACGCGCCAGCUGUCGCCCGGCGGCAGGUUGCUGCAUGCGCAGGCCACCCUCCCGUCUCCCUCCCGCCGCAGCAUCGACCUGCCCCACACCGCCGGCGUCGGCCCGCUCAGCCCCGGCCUAGGCGGCCGCAUAACUCGCGGCAGUGCUAGCCUCGACCUGGGCAGUCGCCCGCUCACACCUGGCGGCCUGCCCGGCGGCCCCGCGACGUCAUCCCUGACUACCUGCGGUGGCGGCGCCGCCACGACGGACUCGGUGUUCAAUAGCCGCAUUACGCCUGCGGCGGUCACCGCCGAGGUGGGCGCUGCCGGAGGCAUUGAGGCCGCCGUCUGGCGUGGCGGCGCCGCCAGCAGCCGCAGCUUCACCAGUCUGAAUAUCGGCGCCUCCGCCAUGCAGGGUGCCGCGCCGCUGCUCGGCCGCAGCAGCAGCCCCGCUGUGCCCUUCGCUGGCAUCAGCGGCACUGCGCGUGCGGGCCUGCUACAGCCGCUGGCUGCCGUUACAGCCUGCAGCUGCGUCAUGGACACCAUCAGCGAGGUGCUUUUGGACUCGGCAGGCGCGGACGCGGCGGCCUCGCAAGCCCGCGUGCAGCAGCCGGCGGUGCCUUCCACGCCCUCGCCCGCUGGCGGCCGUACGGUUCCGGUGAUGGUGCCGCACCCGCCCACCGCGCCACCGCCGCAGACGCUACCCGGCGGCGCCGCCUCUCUCACGGGUUCCUCCCGCCGCUCUCUGCAGGCGCGGGCGGCGCUCCUGGGGUCCAGCUCCUCGGGUACCAUUGCACAGCGCUCCGAAGGCUCGGCACUGCAGCCGGCGGCUGAUGUCGCCUCCGGCGCCCCUGAUGCCGACAUCACCGGCGGCGGCAAGGCUGGCGGCUCUUCGGAGCAGGGCCCCGGCACGCCCUGCCCCAAUGCCGGGGCCCACCCAAGCAUUAUGGAGCGCGUGCGUGGCCUGUUCGUGUGAGAGCCGAGCAAGGCCGUUUGGCCUGAGCGACAGGACAGGCUGGAGUGAUGCUUUAGCUGCUUAUGAGAUGAUGGGAAGCUAUUACUAGAGAAACAUAGGACUGAAAAAUGUGACUAGUUCGGUUGAGGUUCAUUUCCGGGAGUACAAUCCGCCCAUAGGCCGUAUGGGUCCGGCCGUUGCUUAUUCAUGACGCACGCAGUAGACCAUGUCCGGUUAGCCUCUCGCGCACUCUGAGCUGCUGCUAUGGAUGGGAGUACGGCUGGCCGUGUGGAUUGUGCAUUGUUAGUGGAAUUAUGCAAUGGCAACUUGACAUUGUUAACUGGUAGGGAAGAGUGCGCGGACUGCGCCCGUUGUAUUGGGUAUGACUAACCGUUUGCCGGCGCCUCCUUGGUGCGUCAUCGUAACUCACUGAGAGCCAUGUUGUCCAUUGUCUGUGCUGCUGAUGUCCGGUCCAGUUCGUGGGGUUUCACCGUCACUGAAGCUUUUCCUCGGGGGACGAGGCUAUUCAUGUCAUCGGUACGAUUGAUUCCGCGAUCCCAAGAUUGCGGCGGUUGAUCCGACGGUUGCGGCUUCUUGUGAUGGCCCGGGUCUGAGGUGGGGCCUUCAAACGUUCCUCAUAUGUAGGUUCCUGUCCUGUUGAAUGCCUGACUUCAUGGCUGCAUACGUACUGAAGGUGGGUUGUUAUCCUCAGCAUGCCUGAGGCAUCCUUGUGAACAAAGAAGCGCUCCAAGCACGCACACAAGCUUCUUUGGUGCGUCGAUUGGCUGAUUCGUGCCUGCCUUUCUGGCCACCUGGCUUUGGUAUCGUGUGAUCCUGGCCGUGACUGCUGGUGGCGUGGCUGCUGGCAGCUUGGUCCAAUGCCGGGCGCCGUGGGUCUUUACUGCGUUGUCUUCUUUCUUGUCUGUGUUGCAUACUGAUUGCUUCUGGCUGCUCCCUGUUGAAUUGGCUGAGUGCAUGCGUAUUGCGUGAAUGGCCUGAAGUCGGUGAUUGUAUGUGUGGGCGCAAACGUGGCAAAGUCCCACACGCGUGUGUAAUGGCAAGAAAAGGCAGCGAGUUACACACUGCAGAAGUGCUGCGGCUUCCCUGCCUCCCUGGAUAGGGUCCACUUUGACUUCGCACUUUGGCCAGAGCCGAAUCAUGGUGAUGGUGUUAGGACUGGUGACAGCUUCCGAAAGCCAGCCCCUGAUGAUGGAAGAGUCUGAGCUCCUCAACG